AUGGGGCUUCUCCCCGCCCCUAGGGGGGCGGAGAGGCCCAAGGCACCCCCGACUGCGGGCAAGAUCGCCAGGCAGUCCGGGGCUGCCCCCCAGAAAGGAGCGGGCAACGCGGCCGCAGUGGCCGCGAGGCCCGCUCCGACGCCGAAGGAGGCCACCCCGUCCAUACUAGAGCUAUGGACGGAGGUGGUCUCCAAAAAGACCAGAAAGAAGGCCGUCAAAGCCGCCGAGAGGGCGACGAAGACGGCCCCACCCCCGGUGGCGAGGCCGACAAGGGUCCUCCCGAUCCCGCCACCGAAACCCCCCCCAACAACUUUCUUCGAAGAAGAAGAAGAAAAAAAAGAGGAGGUCAGGGGCGUAGAAAACGGCACCAAGGCCGACGCCCUAGCCGAAGGGAUCAGGGAGGCCCUCGGAGUUAGAGACGAUGUGAAAGUAGCUCGACCGUGCAAGACGGUCGAGCUACGGUUGAGUGGCCUGGACAAUUCGGUCAUCUGGAUCCCAACUCCGCCCCCUGCUCCGGUCCCCAUGGUAGUAGUUGAGGAGGAAGCUCCUCUCCCGCAAAGGGAGAGGAGCAUAAGAACGGUGAACGCGGAAACCCGCGAAACCGAGAUGGAGGUGGAGGAGCCUCAGGGGACAACCGAAAAUGUCCCUUAG